ACGCCUCCUGGAUCCAGAGGCGGAGAACAGAAUUCCUGUUAUUUUCCACAGCCAGAGAGAGAGAGGGAGGGAUCCUGGUUCUGGUGGGUCAGAACUCCUGUAGAAGCUCAGCAGUAUCAGGAUGUCGGGGGUCGCCUCCACUCUGGCUCAGAAGCGGGCUCUGGCCGCGGGAUUCGGAACCAACGCGAACGCGGUGAAGUUUCUGAACCAGAACUUCGAGACUCUGAGGAGCGAGUGUCUGACCCGCGGACAGCUGUUCUCAGACCCCACCUUCCCGGCAUGCCCCGAGUCUCUGGGCUUCAACGAGCUGGGCCCGAGAUCCUCCAAAACCAGGGGAGUCCAGUGGAAGAGACCCGGGGAGCUGACGUCCACUCCGGAGUUUAUUGUUGGAGGAGCAACAAGAACUGAUAUUUGUCAGGGAGGUCUGGGUGACUGCUGGCUCCUGGCAGCGAUCGCCUCUCUUACACUUAAUGAAGAUGUGUUGUCUCGGGUAGUGCCAUCAGACCAGGGCUUUGGAGAUAACUACGCUGGUAUUUUCCACUUCCAGUUCUGGCAGUACGGGGAGUGGGUGGACGUGGUGAUCGAUGACCGGCUGCCCACCAGAGAUGGCGAGCUGCUGUUCGUCCACUCGGCCACGGGCUCGGAGUUCUGGAGCGCCCUGCUGGAGAAGGCCUACGCCAAGCUGAAUGGCUGUUACGAGGCUCUGUCCGGAGGCUCCACCACCGAGGGGUUUGAGGACUUCACAGGGGGAAUAGCGGAGAUGUACGAGCUGAAAUCUGCUCCACGCAACAUGUUCCAGAUCAUCCAGAAAGCUCUGGAGUCCGGUGCUCUGCUGGGAUGCUCUAUAGACAUCACCAGUGCGGCGGACUCUGAGGCCAUCACCUAUCAGAAGCUGGUAAAGGGACACGCCUACUCUGUGACCGGAGCCACUGAGGUGAAUUUCCGCGGGAGGAAGGAGAAGCUGAUCAGAAUCCGUAACCCCUGGGGUCAGGUGGAGUGGACCGGAGCCUGGAGCGACAACUCCUCUGAGUGGAACUCUGUGGAUCCCUCUGAGCGAGAAAAUGUAAAAGCCGACGAUGGAGAGUUCUGGAUGUCGUUUACAGAGUUCUCUCGGCAUUACUCUCGUCUGGAGAUCUGCACUCUGACUCCGGACACUCUCGCGUCGGACUCGGUGAAGCACUGGAGUGUGUGUAAAUUUGACGGCAGCUGGAGGAGGGGCUCUACGGCCGGCGGCUGCAGGAACAAUCCCUACACGUUCUGGAUGAAUCCUCAGUAUAAGAUAAAGCUGGAUGAGGAGGAUGAUGAUCCGGAUGAUAAUGAGGUUGGGUGCAGUAUAGUGAUCGGACUCAUCCAGAAGAACCGGCGAAAGCUAAGGAAGUCUGGAGAGGACAUGCAUACCAUAGGAUACGCCAUCUACGAGGUCCCUCCUGAGUUUCACGGACAGAAGGAGGUUCACCUCAGUAAGGAAUAUUUCCUGACUCAUGCUCAGAAAGCUCGCUCUGAGACCUUCAUCAACCUGCGGGAGGUCAGUACCCGCUUCAAGCUCCCGCCGGGCGAGUACCUCAUCGUACCGUCCACCUUCGAGCCCCACAAGAACGGAGACUUCUGCGUACGCGUGUUCUCCGAGAAACAGUCCGAGAUGCAAAUCUGUGAUGAUCCAGUGGAGGCCGAUAUUGAAGAUGACACCGUGUCGGAAGAAGAAGUCGACGCUGGGUUUAGGGGCCUGUUCACAAAGCUGGCUGGAGAGGACAUGGAGAUCUCCUCAACAGAGCUGAGAACGAUUUUCAAUAAAGUAGUCGCAAAAAGAACAGAUAUUAAAACAGACGGCUUCAGUUUAGACACCUGUAGGAUCAUGGUAAACCUGAUGGACGAUAGUGGUAAUGGGAAGCUGGGAAUGGGAGAGUUCGCCACGCUGUGGAAGAAGAUUCAGAAAUACUUGGUCAUAUACAAGAAGAAUGAUGUGGAUGGAUCCGGCUGCAUGAGUACACCAGAGAUGCGCAUGGCUUUAAAGGAAGCAGGUUUUACUCUAAACAACACCAUCCAUCAGCUGCUGGCUGCUCGAUAUGGCGAGGGAGAUAUGACCAUCGACUUUGAUAACUUCGUGGCCUGUGUGAUGCGCCUGGAGAUGAUGUUCAAAAUGUUUCAGAGGAUUGAUGCCCAUUCCAGUGGAUUCAUCGAGCUGGACCUCACACAGUGGCUGACCUGCACCAUGAUCUAGAGAGGAGUUUCUGGAAUGUGUCAGAUGCUGUUAGUAAACGUGUGGUUGAAUAUUAACUUUUUGUACACUAGUUUUUACAGCCUUAAAGCCAUAAAGCCUUAAAGACGCUUGUCUCUGUAUUAUUUAGUAAAUAUCGCAGAACCUGUAACUUCUGUAUUAUUGCUGCUUUAAUUUCACCUAAUAAAAGGUGGUUUUUAA